GUUAGCAUGACUGCCUUCCUCCACCUGGCUCUUCUCUAACUUCUGGACUGUAAUCGACCUUGCUCAGAACUGUAUCUGGAAGGUAGAAAGUAUCUGGCACCAAUUCUGGCCCAGUCAUUUGUGAUCCAUGGCUCUUGUGAUAUGCCGAAGAUUUACAGGCAGUUUCUGUGGAACGCCUCCCCGUCCAGCUCUAAUCAAGCACCAUAUAAACAAGAAAUUGCCUAGUCAAACCUGUGAGGAUUGUGUUCUGACUGUCAAAAUGAUCAGUACUGACACUAGAAUGGCAGCCACUCUCAAGUUAUUAAAACCUUUAGGAUAUCAAGUGUUUUGCAAUCCUCUUGCCUACAUUAUAACCCAAAGUGUGGCAUAUUGGAAUGUGGGAAGCUGCACACAGCACAGGGGACUGGACCCUCCAGAACACAGUAGUCUCUGCCAUCCUGCCAAAAAAGUUGAGAACAUUUGUAGUACCUCCUCUUCUCGGAGGAUCCUGACAACCAGCAGUGCCCUCCUGGGUUUGGAAUUCAGCAGGGCUUCUGCGUCUAAGGCUAGCACAUUGAAGCCGGGCUCACCUAGGGCUAUGAAAAUUGAUGAAGAGGAUGUAGAAGUUUUUGAUUCCUUUGAAGACCCCCGAGUUUUCCUACAGCUAAGACCAGAGUACCAGCUUCACAGCUAUAACAGAUCUGAGCUUUGUCAGCCUCUGUCUGUUUCAGAAAGUAAACUAAUUUUGCACAAAGUCACAGUUUAUCAAGAUACUCUCCAGCCUCAAAUCAUUGCCGAUUAUUUCUGUAAGCUGAGCUCUGUGCCUGCAGAGCAGCAUCCUGUUUUGCUGUCCAGUGCCAGCUUUGCUCUGCUUUGCAAGCUGAGUGUGAAAAACAUACAGCUCUUUGAUGCCCCAGAUCUGAUCAGUAUUUUGAAAGCCUUUGUCAUGUUGGGAAUCCCUCAUUCUCAUUCAAUGCUAGAUGUGUAUGAAACCAGAUUUUGCCAUAAGGUGUGGGAUAUGAGUCUGGAUCAGCUACUCUUGGUGGCUGACCUCUGGCGAUACUUGGGCCGCAGAGUGCCUCGGUUUUUAAAAAUUUUUUUUAGUUAUCUUAAUUUGCACUGGAAGGACCUAUCCUUGUCCCAGCUGAUUCACUUGAUUUAUAUUAUAGGUGAAAGUCGUCAAGUACCCCAGGACCUAAUGCAAAAACUGGAAUCAUUGAUCCUCAAGUAUAUAGAUUUUAUCAAUUUAGAGGAGGCUGGUACAAUCUGUUUGGGGUUCUUUAAAUCAAGUAGUAGUCUCUCAGAAUUUGUUAUGCGGAAAAUUGGAGAUUUGGUGUGUGCUGACAUGCAGCAUCUGAGUAGUUAUGCCUUAGUGAAUAUUCUUAAAAUGUUCCGUUUCACUCACGUGGAUCAUGUAAAUUUCAUGAAUCAAUUUGGGCAGAUUGCUCCUCAGCGAAUUCCUUCCUUGGGAGUUCAAGGUGUCAUGCACCUGACUCUUUCCUGCUCUGCCUUACGCAUCCUGGAUGAAGGGAUAAUGAAUGCUGUGGCUGCUUCUUUGCCUCCUAGGGUAGCAUACUGUCGAAGUAAAGAUGUUGCCAAGUUUCUGUGGUCAUUUGGAACUCUGAAUUAUAAGCCACCCAAUGCAGAAGAGUUUUAUUCUAGCCUGAUAAAUGAGAUUCACAGAAAGAUGCCUGAGUUCAACCGUUACCCAGAACACCUGCUCACUUGCCUGAUAGGCCUGGCAUUUUCUGAAUACUUUCCAGUAGAGCUCAUCGAUUUUGCUUUGAGUCCAAGGUUUGUCAGGUUAGCUCAGGAGAGAAGUAAAUUUGAACUCACCAAGGAGCUGUAUACUCUUGAUGGUUCAGUUGGCAUUGAGUGUCCAGGUUACAGAGGCAACCGUCUUACUUCUCACCUUCAGCAAGAGGCGUCAGAAAUACUGUGGAAUGCAGCUAGGAAGGAUAUGAACUCAAAGCCUGAAUUUCUGGAAGCUUUCUUUUUACUUGAGACCAUGUUGGGUGGGCCCCAGUACAUCAAACACCAUAUGAUUUUGCCUCAUACCCGAUCUUCUGACUUGGAGGUCCAGCUUGAUGUUAAUAUGAAGCCAUUACCAUUUAACAGAGAAGCCACACCCACUGAAGAUUUGGCCAAAUUAAAGCUCAAGCAUGUGGGAAUCAGUCUUACAGAUAAUUUGAUGAAUCAGCUACUAAAGGGGAAAUCAGGAGGGCAUUUCCAGGGGGAAACCGAGUCAGAGACUGGGCAGCCGCCCAUGGAAUUGGAGAAGAAGGCAUCCAUACACUUGGAGCCUUCGCUUUACAAUGCAGCAGACAGACUGGGGGCCACGGAAAUGUCUGGCCUGUGCCCACCAGCCUGCAUGCCGGCCCCCCAAGUGAAGCUGGCUAUUCAGUUGACAAACAAGAACCAGUAUUGCUAUGGUUCCAGGGAUCUGCUUGGACUGCACAAUAUGAAGAGGCGGCAGCUGAAUCGGCUUGGGUACCGUGUGGUAGAGUUAUCCUACUGGGAAUGGCUCCCACUGUUGAAACGAACUCGCUUAGAAAAGUUGGCAUUCCUCCAUGAGAAAGUGUUUACCUCUGCUCUCUGAAGGGCCUCCAGGCAUUUCUGCUCAUAAAUGCUGUAGAUAUGCACUGUACCAGGUGUUGUGAAAACAGUUAUAGAAGCUAGAAUGUAGGUUUGUAAUAAAAUCAUCUGUUGAGGAGACUUAA